AUGGAAGAAAAGUUAAAUGAAAUGGAACAAGCUGGUAUCAUCACAAGGACAUCAACGCCUUACAGUAGUCCAUUGACAUUCACUCUUAAAAAAGACGGCUCAAUUAGAGUACUGCUUGAUGCCAGAAGCAUAAAUAAGAAAAUGGUUGCAGAAACAGAGAAACCACCUAUACAAUUAGAUGUUUUGAAUUCAUUUCACGAAGCGAAUUAUAUCACUACCAUUGACUUAAAUAAUGCAUAUUUUCAAAUUCCGAUAAAUAAAGAUGGUAGAAAAUAUACUGGAUUCACAUUCAAUGGAAAGUCAUAUGUAUAUAAUGUUUUGCCGCAAGGAUUAAAAACAUCAGUAGGAAGCUUUAGCAGAGCCAUGAAUUUAAUAUUAGGACCAGAAGUCCAAGAAUUUUGUGUGAACUAUUUAGAUGAUCUAGCCAUUAUUACAACAGGAACGUUAGAUAAACAUUUGGAGCACAUUGAUAUUGUUUUAAGUAAAUUGAACAAAGCUGGCUUAACGUGUAACUUGCAGAAAUGUGAAUUUAUUUGUAAAGAAAUUAAAAUGCUGGGUUUUAUAAUUUCAACAGAAGGCAUAAAGACAGAUCCCGAUAAGAUUCGAGCGAUCCAAGAGUUUCCAGCACCUAAAAAGAUUAAACAAUUAAGGGCCUUUUUAGGUCUAUGCAAUUUUUAUAGAAGGUUUAUACCAAAUUACAGCGAGAGCAUAAUACCGCUCUGUGAAUUACUUAAAAAGGGACGAAAGUUCAAAUGGAGCGGUAAAGAACAGAAGGCAUUUGAUUUUAUAAAACAACAAUUUAUUAAUACAAUACAAUUGCAUCAUCCAGACUUUAAUAAGCCGUAUUAUUUACAAACAGAUUGUUCCGGUGUGGGUAUGGCCGGAGUACUAUAUCAGAUAGAUGAUAAUAAUGAAAUGAGAAUUUUAGGCUAUCAUAGUAAAGCCUUAAAAGGCCCCGAAUUAAAUUGGUCUGUUACUGAACAAGAGUUUUAUGCUGUAAUAAGCUGCCUAAAGAAAUUUGAAACAUAUUUGCGGGCAGUAAAGUAA